CGCUGGGGUCAGCCCAGUGCAGGGGUCCCCCCCACCCCCCGUGCUAGGCGCCAGCCCCUGAACCGCGGCUCUGUUUGCAGCCAGGAUGGAGCGGAGCACGGGGGGCCCUGUGCCGACGCCUGCUGGACCAGCCACCCCCUCCCGGGGAGCCCCGCGCCCAACACCCAGGGAGGGGGUGCUGUGGAGCGCUCUGGCUGUGCUGUCGCUGCUGGCCGGGCUGGCCACGGGAACCCUGCAGACCUGGCACCACAACCGCAGCCUGGGCACCACCCCCAUGCCUGGGGGGCUGCGCACCCCCAGCCCCGGCGGAGAGGACAGCACCGAGCCACCACUCGCCACGGCCUGGAGCCAGCUGUACGGGGACAACGUGACGGCCGAGGUCGAGGACUUGCUGCUCCGGGCCGAGCGCUCGCCCCUGGCUCCCGCCCGGGCCAAGAAGGCCUCGAGGAAGCUGGGCCGGGGCGGCCGGGGCCGCAACUGCCACAUCCGGAGCCUGAUGGUGAAGGUGCGGGACCUGGGGCUGGGCUUCAACUCGGACGAGAUCGUGCUGUUCAAGUACUGCAGCGGGUCGUGCCACCGCGCCCGCAGCAACUACGACCUGACGCUGGCCAGCCUGCUGCAGCAGCAGGUCAUCGUGCCCGGGCCGCAGGACCGCAUCGUCAGCCACCCCUGCUGCCGGCCCACGCGCUACGAGGCCGUCUCCUUCAUGGACGUGCAGAACACGUGGCAGAUGGUGGAGAAGCUCUCGGCUGCCGAGUGCAGCUGCAUCGGCUGAGCGGCCCCCG